CCAAUCCCAAUCCCAAUCCCAAUCCCCAAAACAAAGCAACAUGUCUCGACCGAAUGUUCUAUUGAUCGGCGCCACCGGCAACACAGGCGGUUCCAUCCUGGAAGCCAUGCUCGCCGCCGACCAAUUUGACAUCGAAAUCCUCAUCCGCCCGACCUCCCUGCCCAAACCCGCCGUGCAAGCCCUCGUCCAGCGCGGCCUGGCCCACCGCGUCGUGGACCUCGAUCUCCCGGAGGACGCCCUCGUGCCCGCGCUGGCCGGCAUCACGAUCCUGAUCAGCACGCUUGGCCCAGCCACUGUCGCGCAGGAGAAGACCCUCGUGCGCGCCGCCAAACGCGCGGGCGUGCAGCGCUUCGUCCCGAGUUCGUGGAUAACCGUCGCCCCGCCGCGGGGGUCGAUGCUUUUGCGGGAGGAGAAAGAAGAAAUCCUCACCGAACUCCGCACCCAGAACCUGGAUUACACCGUCAUCGACGUGGGCUACUGGUACCAACUCUCCCUGCCCCCCGUCCCCUCCGGCCGCCUCUCCUACGCCAUCCCGGUGCCCUCAACCAUCAUCCACGGCGACGGCACCGCGCCCACCAUCCUCACCGAGCUGGGCGAUAUCGGCCGCUUCGUGGCGCGCAUCGUCGCCGACCCGCGCACGCGCAACCGGGCCGUGUACACGUGCUCGGCGGUGCUGUCCGAGAACGAGAUUUUUGGGAUCGUGGAGGAUGUUUCGGGGGAGACUGUUAGCAGGGGUUAUGAAUCCGAGGCGGAAACCCUCCGCAAAGCCGAGCAAGCGCUGGCGGAGUUUUCCACAAAUCCCACUGAUUUCUGGAACCGCGCGGCCGUGUACUUAGCGCAGUACCGGUGCAGCAAGUACGUGCGCCGGGAGAAUACGCCCGAGACGGCGGCGGGGCUGGGGUAUCUGGAUGCCAGGGUGCUGUAUCCGGAUCUGAGGACGGUGGGGUUCCGGGAGUUUGUGGUGGAGGUGCUGGCGGGGCGGGGGAGGAAUCCUUAUUCUGGGUCUGUUUCUUGA